AGCACCUUCAAGGUCAACUAGAUUUUCAGGUUAUGAGCUCUUCUACUACACAUCAACACAGCUACCCGCCUCAAACUACCUUUCUUGAAUAGUUUAACUUCGGAGCCCAGUAUGCAGAGUUCAGAGGGCGGCUCCGAUUCCACGACUCCCGUGGCACUGCGAACGUCGGCCGCCGUCCAAGCCCCGGUGGUUCAGCCAGUUCCCGCAUCGCAGCAGAGGGUUCUGGUCCAGGCGACAGGAUCCGCUCCCAAAGGGGCCCAAAUGCAGCAGCUGACGGUGCCGAGAGUACAGCAGGUCCCUCAGCAGGUGCAAACUGUACAGCAUGUCUACCCAGCCCAGGUCCAGUAUGUGGAAGGAGAGACCAUCUACCCCAAUGGAACCAUACGCACCGCCUACUCGUACAACACUGAAGCUCAGAUCUAUGCCCCGAGCAGUGCCUCGUCCUACUUCGAGUCACAGGGGGGCAGUUCCCAGGUGAGCACAGCAGCCUCGUCGCCCACAGGUAUCCCUUCUCACAGCAUGGUGGGCAUUGCGAUGGACAUCGGGGGAAGCCAGAUCGUCUCCGGUUCAGGAGCCUAUCUCAUUCACAGCGGGAUGGAGAAUGCCCGGCACACCCUCUCGCACAGCUCGCGCUCCUCUCCAGCAACGCUUGAAAUGGCGAUUGAAAACCUCCAAAAAAAUGAAGGCAUAACGUCACACAAAAGCAGCUUGCUGAACAGCCAUCUUCAAUGGCUGUUGGAUAACUACGAGACGGCUGAGGGGGUGAGUCUGCCGAGAAGUUCUCUCUACAACCACUAUCUGCGCCACUGCCAGGAUCACAAACUCGACCCGGUCAACGCCGCCUCCUUUGGGAAGCUGAUACGCUCUGUCUUCAUGGGGCUACGGACACGCCGGCUGGGCACGAGGGGUAACUCCAAGUAUCAUUACUAUGGCAUCCGCCUCAAACCAGACUCCCCCCUUAACCGCUUGCAGGAGGACACGCAGUACAUGGCGAUGAGGCAGCAGCCCGUACACCAAAAACAAAGAUACAGAGCAGCCCAGAAGUUAGAUGGCAUGGCUGAGGGUGGGUCCAACAGCAGCCUGCACACCACCCCGGAGCAGUCGGUCGCUGCUCAGAGUCAGCAUCAUCAACAGUUCAUAGAUGUCACCCGUGUCCUUCCAGAAUUCCCAGCCCUGGACUUGGAAAAUGUCCUGCUGCAGGAGGGAAUUGCCAUGAACGACCUCAAGGCCCUUCAGCUUCUUUACAGGCGCCAUUGCGAGGCCAGUGUUGACGUUGUGACAAACCUCCAGUUCCACUAUAUCGAGAAGCUUUGGCAAUCUUUCUGGAAUUGCAAGCCCCCCACCGGCGAAGCUGCCUCCUCCGUCCCUGCCAGCGAAGAGCCGUGCGAGGCCAUCGUCCCGCGGCACAAGCUGAUCACCAUGUGCAAAUAUGACCCCAUCAUGAAAUGGAUGCGAAGCUGCGACCACAUCCUGUACCAGACCCUGGUGGAGAUCCUCAUCCCGGAUGUUCUGCGGCCUGUGCCCAGCACCCUGACGCAGGCGAUCCGUAAUUUUGCCAAGAGUUUGGAAGGCUGGCUCAUCAAUGCCAUGAGUGAGUUCCCACAACAGAUUGUCCAGACAAAGGUGGGCGUAGUGAGUGCCUUUGCGCAGACCCUGCGGCGGUACACUUCUCUCAACCACCUGGCUCAAGCAGCCCGCGCCGUCCUCCAGAACACCUCCCAGAUCAACCAGAUGCUGAGCGACCUGAACCGGGUGGAUUUUGCAAACGUGCAGGAGCAAGCCUCGUGGGUCUGCCAGUGCGAAGAGGGCCUGGUGCAGAAAUUGGAGCAGGAUUUCAAGGUGACGCUCCAGCAGCAGAGCUCCUUGGACCAGUGGGCCAACUGGCUCGACAGUGUUGUGACCCAGGUUCUGAAGCCGCACGAAGGGGGACCGAGUUUCCCAAAGGCAGCCAGGCAGUUUUUGCUGAAGUGGUCCUUCUACAGCUCCAUGGUGAUCCGCGACCUUACCCUGCGCAGCGCUGCAAGCUUCGGAUCCUUCCACCUGAUUCGCCUGCUCUACGAUGAAUACAUGUUUUAUCUGGUGGAGCAUCGUGUCGCCCAAGCGACAGGAGAGACGCCAAUUGCUGUGAUGGGAGAGUUCAGCGAUCUUGCCUCCAUGUCCCCAGCACUCCUGGAUAAAGAUGACAUCAGCGACCUUGGCAGUGAGGCAGAAGCAGAUUCCCGGACCCCUGGCGAGCCGCUAGUCAAGCGUGAACGCAGUGACCCCAUCCCUUCGUUGCAGGAGAUCUAGAGUUGGGAAACCAGGAGGAGGAAUUUGCUGUUUGCUCCGACCCUGCAACAAUUCCAAAGCUUUCUGGGAUUCCAGUGCCUGGAUUUCCAAUUCCUCCACGAUUUUAGUGCCUCUUAGUUUUGUCUUAAUGUUUACUUGUCUUCGCAGAGGUGGUGAAUAUUGAUGAGGGGGCGACAGGCUGGCUUUGGCGGAUGUGGCUGCCUGCAGCGUGAACUGGGGCCCGUUAUCAGCAGAGAAGAAGACCCGCUUGUCUUCUCCGAUGACCUUUCAGCCCCUUCCUCGCAGGCGAUGUAGCUCACUCGCUCUUGCACUCUCUCUCUUGGCCUUAACUGAUUCAAUGGAUUGUGGGACUGUUCAAGAACUGCGAGGGUGGGGUGGAUCGGGAGUGGAGACCACGACUGAAAACCCUUUUAAGUUUCCCCCAAACACCACUGUGAUAAAGACCCGCUUGAGUCCUCGCGGAACCCCUCCCUGUUGAUUGCGCCUCUUGGGGACAGAGAUGAGAUGUCUAGUCCCCACUUCAUACUUGCCAAAUAAAUUUACAGUGCGGGAGACCUGUGCUGUGCUAUAUUUUUUUGCCCCA